AAUAAAGGCUUUAUUUAACCCUUUAUUUUUCAAAAUGGCUGAUUCCCCAGAGGUACUUCAGGGCUAUUUGGAAAAAGCAGAGUUAGUUGCUCGCAAAGCAUCAGAGAUAGUAGAUGAAGCCUUAAGCAAAGGAGAGAGACGAGAUGCUAGCAUCAAAGGAAUCAAUACAUCUGAUUUGGUGACAGAGACUGAUCUUGCAGUAGAGAAAUUUGUAUUUGAAGAAUUGAGAAACUAUUAUCCUGACCACAAAUUCAUUGGUGAAGAGUCUGUUUCAUCGGGUGGGGGCUCCUGUACACUCACUGAUACUCCCACGUGGAUAAUUGAUCCAAUUGAUGGUACUAGUAACUUUGUACAUGGUUUCCCAUUUUCUGUCAUAUCAAUUGGUCUUGCUGUCAACAAAGAACUUGUGGUAGGUGUGGCUUAUAAUUUCUUUCAGCGUCAAAUGUAUACAGCAAGAAAAGGAGGAGGAGCUUUCUUGAAUGGCAAACGUAUCAGUGUGUCGAAUGUUACUGAGCUCAAUAAAUCAAUAGUUAUCACUGAUUAUGGCAGUACAAGACAGGAUUUUGAAUUUAUUCCAAAAGUUGAAAUGAUGAAAGCGCUAGCUGGAGACCCAGGGCAUGUACAUGGUAUACGGACUCUUGGCUCAGCAGUUGCUAGUCUGUGUAUGGUUGCCAGUGGUAGAGCUGAAGCUUAUUUUGAAUAUGGUGUUCAUUGCUGGGACAUUGCAGCUGGGGCUGUUAUUGUUCGUGAAGCUGGAGGAAUAGCUAUUUAUCCUACUGGGAGUGAACUGGAUAUAAUGGGAAGAGGGAUAUUGGUUGCUGCUAAUGUUGAACUAGCAAAGUCUAUUGUUCCUAUUCUGAAGCACAUAGACUAUCCAAGAGAUUAGAGUAUUUUAAGUUUUAACCUCAUUAUUAUUCAUGAUAGUUAA